CUGGAUUCACAGAUUUAGAAGGUACUGGGAAGAGAAGAUUUUUCAUGCAAUGAAAACGUGAGUGUAAGAAAGCGAACUGGCCUACAAUAGUUUGUCAUAAAGACUAGAAAUACAUUGGAAACUGAAUGUGUUUAACUGGUUGACUAUCCGGUACCACUUGCUACAUUUGUCCUUAGUGUUGUUCGUGGCUAGUGGGUCCCGGCAAAAUGGUAAAAUUCACAGUAGAUGAGUUACGUCGGAUGAUGGAUUUCAAGCGGAAUAUUCGCAACAUGUCCGUCAUAGCACAUGUGGAUCAUGGAAAGUCUACACUUACGGAUUCGCUUGUUUGCAAGGCUGGUAUUAUAGCCGAAUCACGCGCUGGGGAUGCCCGGUUCACCGACACCCGAAAAGAUGAACAAGAAAGAUGUAUCACUAUCAAAUCAACAGCUAUUAGUUUGUAUUAUGAAAUGUCUGAUGAGGAUAUUCAAUGCGUCAAGGCAGUUCAGCCUAUCGCUGUUAACUCAGAAGGAAAAGAAGAAAAGGGAUUUCUCAUAAACCUCAUAGAUUCUCCAGGACACGUUGAUUUUUCUUCAGAAGUCACUGCGGCCCUACGUGUAACCGAUGGAGCUCUUGUCGUAGUUGAUUGUGUAUCAGGUGUUUGUGUGCAAACGGAAACGGUUUUGCGUCAAGCUCUCACAGAACGCAUCAAACCAGUGUUAUUCAUGAAUAAGAUGGAUAUGGCAAUAUUAACUCUGAGCUGUGAAAUGGAAGAUUUGUAUCAAAAAUUCCAGAGAGUUAUAGAAAAUAUCAACAUCAUAAUUUCGGAGUUUCACGAAAGUAACACUGCAAUGGGUCCGCUUGAAAUAGACGUUGUGCAAGGAACUGUAGGUUUCGGUUCUGGUUUGCAAAGUUGGGCAUUCACACUGAUGACAUUUGCCAGAUUUUACGCAGCCAAGUUCAAAAUUGAACCGAGUAAAUUAGUAAAACGUCUUUGGGGUGACAACUUCUACGACCCACAGUCAAAGAAGUGGACUACUACGAAGUCGGAUAACGCUGUUCGUGGUUUUAACCACUUUAUCCUAUCUCCAAUUUUCACUGUUUUUGAUACCGUCAUGACUAAAAGUAUAGAGGAGCAAACCAAAUUGCUAUCAAAGUUGGGUGUAACUUUAACUGAAGCAGAAUUAGCUCUUCCUGAUAAACAACGACUGAAAGUGGUAUUACAUAAGUGGCUUCCUGCUGGUGACUCACUUCUGCAAAUGAUAUGCAUUCAUCUCCCUAGUCCUGUCACCUCACAGCAGUACAGAAUAGAUAUGCUUUACGAAGGACCCAUGGAGGAUGAAGCAGCUAUUGCAAUGAAGAACUGUGAUCAGAACGGUCCAGUCAUGAUGUACAUUAGUAAGAUGGUACCGACAUCAGAUAAAGGUAGAUUUUAUGCAUUUGGCCGUGUGUUUUCUGGUACAAUUAGCACUGGACAAAAAGUAAGAAUAACUGGUCCUAACUACGUUCCAGGCAAAAAGGAAGAUCUCUACGAAAAGUCCAUACAACGGACUGUACUAAUGAUGGGUCGUUAUACAGAAGCCAUUGAAGAUGUACCAUGUGGGAACAUCUGUGGAUUAGUGGGAGUAGACCAGUUUAUUGUUAAAACUGGAACCAUAACAACAUUCGCAGGGGCUCAUAAUUUGAAACAAAUGAAAUUUAGUGUCAGUCCUGUAGUCCGGGUUGCAGUUGAAUGUGUACAUCCCGCUGAUCUACCAAAACUUGUUGAAGGCUUGAAACGUCUUGCCAAAAGUGAUCCUAUGGUGCAAAUAACGACGGAGGAAUCGGGUGAGCACAUCAUUGCCGGUGCCGGUGAGCUGCAUCUAGAAAUUUGCCUGAAGGAUUUGGAGGAAGAUCAUGCAGGCAUUCCUUUAAAGAAGACUGACCCCGUUGUUUCAUAUCGCGAGACAGUAACCGAAGCGUCGAAUCAAUUAUGUCUGGCUAAAUCCCCUAACAAACAUAAUCGUUUGUACAUGCGUGCCGCACCUUUAUCAGAAGAAUUUGCUAAGGAUGUUGAUGACGGAAAAAUCGCCGCUAAUCAAGAGGCUAAAGAACGUUGCCGUUACCUAGUAGACAACCAUGGAUGGGAUGCUACAGAAGCCAGAAGAAUAUGGUGCUUCGGUCCAGAUAAUGCCGGACCUAAUAUUGUUGUUGAUACAACCAAGGCAGUCCAAUAUCUACUUGAAAUAAAAGAUAGUGUUAAUGCUGCAUUUCAGUGGGCAACUAAAGAAGGUGUUCUUUGUUCCGAAAAUAUGCGUGGAGUCCGUAUCAACCUCGAAGACGUGGUAUUGCACGCGGACGCUAUCCAUCGUGGAGGUAAUCAAAUCACUGGUACGGCGCGUCGAUGCAUCUAUGCUGCCGUUCUUACUGCCAAACCAUGCUUACUAGAACCAGUUUAUCUAGUAGAAAUUCAAGCCCCACCUACUUCUAUGGGAGGAAUCUACAGCACUUUGAAUCGCAAGCGAGCCAUCACACUCUCAGAGGAGCGGAAAAGUGACAGUCCAAUGUGUGUUACCAAAGCAUAUCUUCCAGUCAAUGAAUCUUUCGGCUUUACUACCGAUCUUCGUGCUGCAACUGGUGGUCAAGCUUUCCCUCAAUGUGUCUUUGACCACUGGCAAACUUAUCCUGGCGAUCCUCUUGACACGAACUCAAAACCAGGUCAGGUAGUUUUGGACACACGAAAGCGUAAAGGUCUGAAUGCAGGCAUUCCUGCUUUGGAUAAUUACUUAGAUAAGUUAUAAUGUCUGACCCUGUACAAUCGCUCAAUAAAUUGAUUUCUAUUUGG